AUGGGUAAGGACACCGAUACCGAUCGCAAGGACGCAAAGACCCCAGUCACCCCCGUGCCAGUUGAUCCAGAUGCCGUCACGACGAGCUCUCUACAAGCUCUUCAGUCGGCGGACCAGCGCAGGGUCAUGGAUAUUGUGGACAAGCUGCGCCGCACUGGUUUGAGCGGAGUGGUGGAGCUGCCUCAGCUCAUUGUCUGCGGUGACCAGUCCUCUGGCAAGAGUUCAGUACUAGAGGCGAUCACUGAGAUUCCGUUUCCUCGCAAGGAAAACCUGUGCACACGAUUUGCCACUGAGAUCAUCCUUCGCCGCUCCCCGGCUUCGACGAGUACUGUCACGAUUACGCCUGACAAGCUGCGCCCAGAGUCUGAACAAGCCAAACUCAAAGGGUUUACCAAGUCUAUCCAGAACUUUGAUCAGCUUCCAGAUGUGAUUGAAGAAGCGACUCUUGCCAUGGGCCUAGGCGUUGUGGGCGGUAUCAGCUCCAGGGCAUUUUCUCGCGAUGUGCUGUCUGUCGAGAUUACAGGUCCUAGUAGGCCUCAGCUAACUCUUGUUGAUCUUCCGGGCCUUAUACAUGCAACAAACAAGGCCCAGACAGAAGCGGACAAGGAACUGAUUCUGGACCUUGUUAGUCAGUACAUGAAGAACCCGCGCACCAUCAUCCUGGCUGUAGUGAGUGCAAAGAACGACUUCGCCAACCAAAUCAUUCUCGACCAUUGCCGCAAGAUUGAUGAGCAAGGCCGUCGCACUCUCGGCAUCAUCACCAAACCCGACUUUCUUCGCGAGGGCACUGACAACGAACUGAGCUGGAUCGAACUUGCCCAAAACAAAGACAUCUAUCUCGAGCGCGGCUGGCACAUGCUCAAGAACCGUGCCGACAACCAGAUGAACUUUUCAUUUGAUCAGCGCAACAAAGACGAGGCACUGUUCUUCAGCAAAGGCCGUUACGCCCAACUACCUCGCGAGUGCGUUGGCAUCACCUCUCUCCGCGAGCGUCUCAGCAAGGUCCUACUACACCACCUAAUCCGAGAGCUACCAUCACUCAAGGAAGAAAUGAUGACCAAGUACCGCGCAACGCUGGACGAAAUCUCCAAUCUGGGCGAAAAACGCAACACCAGCCACGAGCAACGCGUCUUCCUCAUGAAAAUCAGCAUGAAAGUAAACGACAUCCUGAAAUCCGCUAUAAAAGGGUACUACGAGUCGCCCUUCUUUGGAACCAUCAACAAAGACGCCGCCGUCGAUUCCUCAGGAAACAUCCGUAGAUUCCGCGCCGUGGUCCAGCAUUUCAACAUGGGCUUCGCAAAGGACAUGCGGCUUCGCGGCCACCGUUACAAAUUCGAAGCCGGACCUGGCGACGACGAGCGAGACUCCAGAGAAGCCAUGGAAGCCCAAAAGGAACUCGAGCGCGAACUCAAACAAGAAAAGGACACUACCACAUGUCUUCCUGUGCCUAAGAAACUCUCCCGCGGCGAAGCAGUCGAAUGGGUGAAAAAGACCCUCGAACACUCCCGCGGCUACGAACUCCCCGGUACCUUCCAGCCCGUCCUGAUAUCCCAGCUUUUCUGGGAGCAAUCCCUACCAUGGGAAGAUCUCGCCUCGCUGCACAUUUCGAAAGUAGCGCAAGUGUGCCGCGACUUCAUCGACGUGGUGCUGGCAGACUGCGUGCCCGAGGAGUUCAAAGAGCGGCUUGUAGCGCUGAAUGUGGAUGCGGCGCUGAGCAAGUCGCUGGGGGAUGCGCGGGAGGAGCUGGCCAAGAAGAUGCGGUUGAGGAAGCAUCAGGCGCUUAGCAGGGCUGCUACGUCUGCGGCGGAGGUAGAAGUGGGUGGCUGGGAGGACCGGCCAAUGUUUAUUGAUCCAAUAAAGUUGGCGGCGCAGCUGGAUAAGUCGAUUGAGCUCGAUAUGGAUACGUUUUCGAGCCAGGAGGCGCUGGAUAUGCAAAGGGCAUACUACAAAGAUGAGCUCGGGUACUUCAUCAACACCGUGGCGAAGGCGGUGGUUGAGCGGCAUUUGAUAGAGACGCUGCCGGAUGUCAUUCUUUCGCCGCUGGUCGUGACGCAGAUGACGGAUGAGCAGGUUGAGUAUGUUGCUGCUGAGCCGGUGGAGAUAGUACAGCAGAGGGCUCAUCUGGAGGCGAGGAAGGCCAUGUUGGAGAGAGGUCUGGAAACCUUUCGAGAGGCCAUGGGUGGUGUGAGGCGCUAG